CAUAUGACCUGUGCCGUCUCUCGGAGACUUCUAGCCACAGACGCUGGGCAGGGUGACCGAAGAUGCAAGUUGACCAACCGGUGUGCCUCCGUGGGUGACAAUCCCUCCUUAAGAACAACCUCAGACGCCUCGGAUUUGCUCGUUUCGUUCGGUUCCCUCUGCCAGAGUCAAACCAGAGGCACAAGCAGCUGCGAAGGGAAUGAACCCUCUUUUUGGACCAGACAUCAGCUAUCUCUUCAUCUUCGCUUAAUCCACGUUACCAUACAUACACAGCACCAAUCAGCCAGCUAUUCUCCUGCCUGCUGCCUCGCCAGACUCAUGCAAUAUGUCUACAAUUUUCCGUCUUUUAGGUUUCAACGCGCGCCAACAAAGAUCACAAGCAAGCAGCAACGGGGAUAGUCCUUCGUUUGAUUCUGGCAGAUGGGAUUCAUACCAAACCGCACUUAUCUCAGAAAAUCCAGGAGCCGAGCCACUCGCAACAGUUUGGCUAGAGGCUUCGGCAUGCAAACGUCGGCUUGCGCUUUCGUCAACCGCCAGUACUUUGGAAUCAAAUAGCGCUCUACAUCAUAACAAGUUUAUAUCAUCCUCCUGUACUAGCACCAGGUAUUAUUCAUUCGAACAACCCAAACCAUCAUCCAUCUUCUCUGAAAUGUCAUGUUCUCAGCGUGGCCCGGGUCAAGCUCGAAAUUUCAGUAAUGCUUCCUUACCGAUUGUUCAAAGGACUGGACGAGUGAAGCUCCCACAGGUGGUCAAACCCACCCGGCGAAAAAAAUCUGACCCGCAAGCCGACGAUUCCACGAGACCACCAAAGCCUCCAACGCCUUCGAAAUUAAUCCGGAUACCGCUUAAAUAUCCCAGAGCCCAGCUAUCGACCCCUACACCUCCCCAGUCCAAUCAUCAGUUAUCACGAUAUCGCACCCAGUCAUUAUCAUGUCUUAAAUCAACUCGCGACACAAAUUCUAAUGAAGGCAUAGAUGAAAACCCAGAGAUGCUCUCGGCGGCGUUUUUUUUGCCCAAGUUAUCCAUGGAACCUUCCAUCGUCAGUUGUACUACCACUCCGGGCUGGAAAAAGCCUAUAGAUGACAACAUCAACACCCGCCUCCCCGACGCUAGCAGGUCGUUAACUACCGCCUCAUCAUCUUCAACACGACAACCGCACAGUGAAGGAUUACAUUCCCCUCAGGCGUAUACCCCGCCUUGCCCUUCAGGGUUCCAAACUUGGCGGCCAUCGCUCUCAGAAUAUCACCACUCGGCAGUCACGCAUGAAGAUGAGACCAUCCAAGACCCUUGCAACCCCGGAAAUUCUAAUGAAUCUCAAUCUAGCUACGGAUACCGAUUUUCUUCUUCAGGAGGGCCUGACAUCGGCAGCGCCACCUAUUCUUCAACAGUGCCUCGGAGCUCUCAUUCCUCAAGUGGAUCACAAUUCAGCUUUAUCUCAGUUUAUCGCUCCCCCGAAAGUUUCAACUCCCAAACGCGACACAACCCUUGUCUACCGAGCGAGCCACCACGUCAUUUGCGCGAAACUCAAUCCAAUCAGAUCAAUCCUCAGAUUGUUGGGAUCCAUUCGCAGACCUGCUCUUCAACCCAGCAACUAGAAUUACUCUGUUCCACGAAGAAAAAGUACCCGUCUCUAUCUCUGUCCUCCGCACAGCCAAAUCCUUUCCCAUCCUUCGGCCGAAAGCCUCGAUCAAGUAGUAAGAGUAUUACAUACGCACCAGGCGACUACUCGGGGUUUAUAGACAUUGAGAAACCCCUGAAGACCUCAGCGGACAUGCACACUCCCUCCCCUUACCAGCGCGAGAUGCUUGAUAUCAUGGCCAUUCACGGCGAAUCUAUUUUCAAACCACCAGUUUCAACUGAACUGAUGUUCAAAAGACAUCCAUCGCCCUGCGAAGAACCCUCAGUUCAUUAUUCGAUGAACUCAUCCGCAGAGCCAAGCCCCAAAUAUAGAACACUUCUCAAAUCAUCACCACGAUCUGACACUUUUACUCAAAAACGUAUUGAACGAGUCGCUCCUCUCGACUCUGAAAACCUUGUUGGUUCCGGAGACGACAUCCAGAGCGGGAAAACACAUCUCAUCAACCAAGCAGAAAAAUCUGAACCAACAACCCCUCUUCUGCCCUUGUUCAAAUCUAUUGCGCCCUCACCACGAGAAUGUCGACUCAAGAAAAUUGUGUUACCCAUUCGCCCAUCUACAGCCGGGGCAAGUACCAGGUCUAACGGAUUUCCUAGAAGAUUGUCUCAGUCGUCGAGGAAUAAACCUCCAGUCGAGCAACACGAUCCACAAGAGACUUCAUCAAAGAAGGAUAAAUUCGAAGCUUUACUGAAAGCAUCUGAUGCAUCCAACGGCGGAACGAUGAAACUCUCCUUGAGCUCGAAAAUCGACAGUAUCGACGAAUCCCUUCAUGUGCCUUCAACAUUCUUACCUCAAUUGAGGUUCAGUUGCGAAUCCUCUUCUCUCACUGCUAGGCGGUCUAGUGACUGCGAAACUCGUGUGACUGUCAAUUCCUCGCUGAAGUCCAAAAGAUCUCAGCAGAUUUCGUUUUGAUAAACUUCUGGAGAAAACAAAAUGGAGAUUCAAAACUUGCGACAUUAUAAUAAGAAUGCUCGCAAUCCAUUUGGUUGAAAAACGGCUUUUGCUUGCCCCCGAGCGGAAGAUGGAGUAAGUGGAAUCUCAUGGCGUCCACACAAGCAAUUAAAGCAACUUCGAACCACUCCACUGCCUGGACAGUACCUUAGAAUUCUCCCGCUUCUCUUUCCCCCAUCCAUUAAUCCUAUGUUUUUUUCUUGAAUUUGAUAUCCUAUCUCUCAAAGUGGCAAUGUAAGUUUAUCCAUUGUCAUUGUCUCAUCAUAGUGUUUCAUGUAAAGCUUCAGUUUAUUCACCAUGUUGUACAAGUCUACUCAACUGUUUUGCCCUUCAUGUUUUUCUCUACCCUCCACAUACAUGCCACUUUUUCUUCUUCUUUGUCUGUGCUUUUAUCAAAGCAGAAAUUGGACAAGCCAAUCUGUCCCUGAAGUGUGAGAGCUGGAAUUUGCAUGACUGUUUGGUUUGAAAGUCGAUUAAUCAAGUGAUUCUGCAUCUAGAAGGGGAAGUCCUCCAUUAUUGGCUGUGUUCUAUUGCAAAUUGAUUACUACCAG